AAACGCUAAAUAGCGCACUCCACUUCCGGUGAAGGAAACGCUCGCUGACUCCAUUUCCGGCGGGAGUUGUCACGCGCUGUUCUGGGGCCGGGAGACGCCGUUGGUGCACGGAGCUACCCCAGGUGUAAGGAAAGUGACUGCCGCGGAUUGCGUUCCUGAUUGCGGAGAUGACAGAGGAACAAGAAGAGUUUGGAGCAGAUAGGAGUGAUUUCAGUGAAGAAUUGACAAGGCCUGCGACAGAGGAUGAUGACCAAAUGGAAACUUCGGUGGUCUCCAGUGCAGGAAUGCACUUUCCUUGGCUUCAAAAGAAAUUAGACACUGUAGCGACUGGAGGGAAAAAAGAGAAGGAUUUUGCUCAGACAACAAGUGCUUGUUUAAGUUUUAUCCAAGAAGCUUUGCUGAAGCACCAGUGGCAGCGAGCUGCAGAGUUCAUGCACAGUUAUUUGCAGAUCUUGGAAGAUUCAGAUAGCCACAAAAGACAGGCUGCACCUGAGAUUAUUUGGAAGCUUGGGAGUGAAAUUCUAUUUUAUCAUCCCAAAAGCAACGUGGAAACUUUCAAUACCUUUGCUGACCGGAUGAAAAACAUUGGUGUCUUGAACUAUCUAAAGAUCUCCUUGCAACAUGCAUUGUACCUUAUACAUCAUGGAAUGCUUGAGGAUGCAAACAGAAAUCUAAGUCAGGCAGAAACAUGGAGAUACGGUGAAAAGUCAGCUUCCCAGGAAAUAAUAAUGAACCUUGUUCAGGCCUACAAAGGGCUUUUGCAGUACUAUUCUUGGUCUAAAAAGAAGAUGGAAUUGUCAAAGCUUGAUAAGGAUGAUUAUGCUUACAGCACAAAAUCCCAAAAUAUACUUAACCAGAGCUGGAAGACAUCUACGCAUAUUGGUGCAUUGAUUAAAAUUCCUGGAGUUUGGGACCCUUUUGUGAAGAGUUAUGUAGAAAUGCUGGAAUUCUAUGGUGAUCAUGAUGGAGCCAGGAAAGUCCUCACCAAUUAUGCCUAUGAUGCAAAGUUCCCAUCAAAUCCCAAUGCCCACAUCUACUUAUACAACUUUCUAAAGCGAGAGAAGGCACCAAAAGCAAAACUGAUAAGUGUGCUUAAGAUUUUGUAUGAGAUUGUUCCAUCUCAUCAGCUGAUGCUAGAAUUCCAUGUAUUACUUAGAAAAUCAGAAAAAGAAGAACACCGUAAACUGGGUUUGGAAGUGUUAUUUGGGAUUUUGGAUUUUGCUGGAUGCACUAAGAACAUAACUGCUUGGAAAUAUUUGGCAAAAUAUCUGAAACAAGUAUUAAUAGAAAGUCAUCCUGCAUGGGUUCAAGAACAGUGGAACUCCAGGAAAACCUGGUGGCCAACCUUUCACUUCAGUUACUUUUGGGCAAAAUGUGAUUGGAAGGAAGACACAGAUUUGGCUUGUGAGAAAGCUUUUGUGGCUGGAAUAUUGUUAGGAAAAGGUUGCAGAUAUUUUCGGUAUAUUUUAAAACAAGAUCAUCAAGUGUUAAGGAAGAAAAUUAAGCAAAUGAAGAAAUCAGUGAAAAAAUACAGUAUUGUCAAUCUGGGUAUCUGAUACUACAUGUAGUUACUUCACAGUUGGACCUGCAGUGUAGUAGCUCACUAGGUGGCUAUUGAAUGUAUUUAUUUUGUUUGAAUAGUGUUUAUAUGAGUGUAAAUAAUUAUUUUGGUUUUUUAUAUUUCCUUUUCCUAUUAAACCUAAUUGUUCUUUUAAAUAUAUAUAUGUAUAUAUGUAUAUACAUACAUAUUUUUGUACUGUUACAGGUAGCAUUUUUUAAAAGGAAUGAUUCUUCAAAGGAAAAAAGUUCAUUAGAGAAUGUAGCUCUAUAGAAAUAAUUGUUUUCUGAUUACUUACCUUUUUAAUGUUGCUUAAUAAAAUUUUGUGUUGCUGUAAAAUAAAUUUGUAUUCUUCUUUUAAAUUCUAAUUGACCCAUGCUAGAUUUAGCAACAUGUGGCACAAUGCUAAAGUAGUUUCUUGGCAAGUUUAUUAGGCCUCAGGAGACUCUUGGGUAAGCAUAGUAAAAUCCAAGUUUGAACAGAUACCUUUUCCAAUCUAUAGGUCACUGGGGAUACCAGUUCCAUGCUAAAGGAAAACAGAAGGAAGAACCCUAUAAAAACUUUGGAGGCCAAGG